AUGGUUCUCAAGACAAAAUUGACUGAAAUGCUCGGUAUUGAGCACCCCGUUGUUCAAGGUGGUAUGCAAUAUGUCGGCACGGCUGAAAUGGCAUCUGCUGUAUCGAAUGCGGGUGGUCUUGGUAUGAUUACGGCAUUGACCCAACCCACUCCCGACAAGUUGCGUGACGAGAUUCGCCGUUGUCGCACCAUGACCAGCAAACCCUUUGGUGUCAACCUUACAUUUUUGCCUGCCAUCACCCCACCUCCUUAUGCUGAAUACGCCCAAGCUAUCAUUGAUGAAGGCAUCAAGGUGGUUGAGACUGCUGGCAACAACCCUGGCAAGUACAUCAAGAUGUUCAAGGAUGCUGGUAUCAUUGUGAUCCACAAGUGCACUGCUAUCCGUCACGCCUUGUCUGCCCAAAAGUUAGGUGUGGAUGUGAUCUCCAUGGAUGGUUUCGAAUGUGCUGGUCACCCUGGUGAAGAUGAUAUUGGUGGUUUGGUCCUUUUGGCCAAGAGUGCUACUGCAUUGAAGAUCCCCUACAUUGCCUCAGGUGGUAUGGGUAAUGGUCGUAGCUUGGCUGCUGCUUUGGCUUUGGGUGCUGAAGGUGUCAACAUGGGUACUCGUUUCAUGUGCACACAAGAAUCUCCUAUCCAUCACAACGUCAAGGAAGCCAUGGUGAAGGCUGAUGAACGAUCCACCAGCCUUGUCUUCCGUCCUUUCCGAAACACUUCGCGUAUCUUCAAAAACUCGGUCGCCGUUGAAGUCAAUGCACGUGAACGUAACCCCAACGUCAAGUUUGAAGAUGUUCGUGAAUUGGUUGCUGGUGCUCGUGGUCGUCAAGUUUACACCACCGGUGAUCCUGAAUUUGGUGUCUGGACUGCUGGUCAAGUGCUUGGUCUUAUCAAUGAUAUUCCUACUUGCAAAGACCUUGUUGCUCGUAUCGUCGCUGAUGCUGAAGAGAUUAUCAAGGAUCGUCUUAUUCGUAUGGUUGAUACCAAGAGCAAGUUGUAA